UAUGAGCGAAUCGAUCAACAGAAGAAGAAAAAAAAACACAAAACAGUGAUCGGGUGCGUCACCAAUAGAAUCCGUUAGGGGGCACAGGCGUGCACGCACCUCCUGCUUCCGCAGCGCACACGUAGAAGAAAACUUGAUGAACGAAAACCAUUGGUUAAAAUGUUCGGAAAAUUUGUGUUUUCAUAGGUUUUAUUUUUUGUUUCUACUUUAUAAACAAUAUGUGGCAAUGGUAAACUCCACGAAAAGCGACAUGUUUAGGGAGUUCGCCUUGCCAUGUUAGCAUGCUAGCCGUGCGUCUGGUUUUCACUCUUUGCUCAACUUCAACCGCUGGCGGAUAAAAUGUUUGUUCGACGCACUCUUGUGGACUGUACCGUGCUGUCUCUACAGGAUCUCUGUGUGUUUUAUCCAUGCUGUAACGUCUGCUUCUGCAGAAUGGAUGUGGAGCCACAGGACACGACGAGAUCCAGAUGUUCCAGGUGCGCUUACAGCUGUUUGAGGGAUCAUCUGGACUACAGAUAUCGCCUUUCACUAUUGGUGGCCAGGGACGUGAGCAUAUUUGGUGUCACAGUGUUUGGCAGCUGCCUGAACCCGUUGUUUGGCACCCCUGCAACUCAAUUUCAAAGGUUGUUGGAGAACUCAGAUGUACCACCUGAACCAUCAACCAGAUCCAAAUUGCUAACGAGGGCCGUUGAGGACUGUUUCGUCGGUAGACAUCUUGUCUUUGGAAUAAAGGUGACAGAUUCACAAAGUUGCCCCUGGUCAGGAGAUCGUCAUCCGGGUGCUUCUGGUAGCAAGGAGAUGGCCCAGUUUACUGCCACUCAGCUGAUUUUCCCAAAAGCUGCAGGCCUGGAAGGCCGCUCUGUCCUUUGCUACUAUCGACUCCUCCUUCAAAAAGCAGAAGAACGUAAGCGGGAAUCUGCUGAUCCCGAGAAGUCCUGCGGGAUUCUGACAACACCGCCACUACAGAUUCCUCAAGAUUCCCCAGACAGCAGCUUCAAUAACAUCACUCUUUCUCGUGUUUUUUCACACUCACUGCAAAGGGCGCAACACCACGACGGUAGUCUCACUCCAACACCGCCAUGGCAACAAUCACUGGGACUCAUUACUUCUUCUGCCGAGCAAGAGCGGGAGGAGGAAGACUGCUGCACACGUGAUGAGAACAAAUCAACUGCCAAAGAGCAAAGACAGAACACUUAUUUUGACACACCGCCAUUUUCUCUAUGCUCACCAACCAGAAAUGCUCAAAACGCCUCCAUCUUGGACCAUUUGACACCCUCCCUGCCUUUACUUGUGAACAAUCCGCUUGUGUCAGAGUGUCAGGCCUCCAGACAACCGGAUGAUUCACUCGUGUUGCAUUCGUUGGUGUGGGAGGAUUUGCCUUUUUCUGAGAGUCUGACAGCAUUUUUGAAUGAGGAGGAUAAAUAUUUCGACAACUUGCCUAAUGAAUCAAUUUCUGCUUGUACCGACAACACAAAGGCACCAGGAAGCAAGUCUUUAGCGGACAUCGUUACCACUUGUGUACAGAAUAAAGACAGUGAAGAAGUCUACAAUUGUUCUUUGGACCUGUUUGGUAUAAGCUCAGUGGAGUCACAUGAGGAAGACGUGCAGCUUCCGAGGCAUCACAAGUCUGCCAAAAGAGCUCAUAAAACACCUUCUGGAAACAUGACAACAAACUUGGAUUGUCCACAGUGUCUUGACUUCAUCCCAUCCUCUCAGUCCACUCCCAUUGUUAGAAGGACGUACCCUUCCUCCUUUUGCUCGCAACCAUUGUCAUCCACUAGACAAGGAAACUUCUCAAAAAGGCGAUUCAGGAAAAACCGGCUUGCGAUCCAGGGAAGAAUUCUGAACGGGAAGAUUGCACGUGAAUGUGACAUGCCUCUGACCCAGGCAGAAGAAAACUAUGUCGUUGUCCCUCCCACCACUGCUGAACUCAAUGUGGAAAAUGAGCAUUCUCAGGAAAAAACACGAUCACAUUUAGCACAAACAAAGCAGUGUGACGUACCGGGAGAAACACAGUUGGAUCAAACAAGUAAUGAGAUGACAGCUAAUGGUUCCCCAAUUAAGAACAAAACAUGUGAUUGGUCUCGAGAUCUGUUCUCAGAUUCUGUCUGAAAACCUCUGUCCGCUUCUCUAUUUAACGGAAUGAUGGGCCACAAGCUGAUUUUAGCAAUGGACAUGAUAGUACUGUGGAACCUCAAAUUCAAACGCAUUCCAUUCAAGGACACUUAUCUGCAUGUUUUGUUCAGUUUUAACCAUAUGAAAUGAUAGAAAAAGAGUCACAACCGUAGCCAUCAUCGCAACUUCAUUGACUGUACAGCCCAUGUUUUGAGUAACAUUUGAACAUUUGCUGUUGUGAAUGUGAAUCAGCUUACUGUAACUUGUUUUUUUCUUUUCUCACAUUCUUAGUCUGCACCAUUUUAUAUCCUUCCAUCCAUCCAUUUUCUUCUUCUUAUCCAAGGUCGGAUCGCGGGGGCAGUAGCUUUAGCAGAGAAGCCGAGACUUCCCUCUCCCCAGCCACUUCAUCCAGCUCUUCCGUGGAGAUCCCGAGGCAUUCCCAGGCAAACCGGGAGACAUAGUCGCUCCAGCGUGUCCUGGGUCGUCCCUGGGUCUCCUCCCGUUGGGACAUGCCCAGAACAGCUCACCAGGGAGGCAUGUCCUGGAGGCAUCUCCUAAUCAGAUGCCCGACUCACCUCAUCUGGCUCCUCUUAAUGCAGAGGAGCAGCGGCUCAACUCUGAGCCCCCACCGGAUGACCGGGCUUCUCACCCUAUCUCUAAGGGAGAGCCCAGACACCCUGCAGAGGAAAUUUAUUUUGGCUGCUUGUAUCCGGGAUCUUGUUCUUUCGGUCACGAUUCACAGCUCGUAACCAUAGAUGUCUUUAGGAACGUAGAUCGAACUGUAAAUUGAGAGCUUCGCCUUUCAACUUAGCUCCUUCUCCACCACAACGGACAGAUACAAAGUCCGCAUCACUGUCGACACUGUACCGAGUCGCCUGUCAAUCUCCCAUUGCAUUCUUCUCUCACUGGUGGACAAGACCCCAAACUACUUAAACUCCUCCACUUGGGGAUCUCAUCCCCGACCUAGAGAGGGCACUCCACCCUGUUCCGACUGAGGACCACGGUCUCUGAUUUAGAGGUGCUGAUCUUCAUCCCAACUGCUUCACACUCGGCUGCGAACCGUUCCAGUGAGAGUUGGAGAUUGUGGCUUGAUGAAGCCGAGAGAUGGCAGAGAUGCAAUACUGAGGCCACCAAAGCGGACUGCCUCUGCGCCUCAGCUGCGCCUAAAAAUCCCCGAUGUCCACGCGAUGUUGCAGAGGCGUGUCAACCAGGAUAGCCUCACAACAUCCAGAGCAUUUAGGAACUCCAGGUGAAUCUCAUCCACCCCCGGGGCCUUGCCACUGAGGAGCUUUUUAACCACCUUGGUGACCUCAACCCCAGAGAUAGGAGAGUCCGCCUCUGAGACCCCAGACUCUGCUUCCUCAUGGGAAGGUGUGUAGGUUUGAGGAGGUCUUCAAAGUAUUCUUCCCACCGACUAACUGUCCCGAGUUGAGGUCAGCAGCGCCCCAUCCCCACUAUACACAGUGUUGAUGGUGCACUACUAUUUCUUCGAAGCCGUCCGGAAGUCGUUCUCCAUGGCCUCACCAAACUCCACACACACCUGAGUUUUCCCUCAGCUACCACCAAAGCUGUAUUCCACUUGGCCAGCCGGUACCAAUCAGCUGCCUCAGGAGUCCCACAGCCCAAAAGAGUUCGAUGGGACUCCUUCAGCUUGACAGCAUCCCUCACACACCAAUGUCCACCCACCAAUGGCUUUGGGGGUUGCCCCCACGACAGGCACCGACCACCUUACGGCCGCAGCUUUGGUCAGCCGCCUAAGGUAUGGAGGCGCGCAACAUGGUCCACCCGGCAAAGUUGAGCAAAGUUCUGUCGGCGCUGGGAGUUGAAACUCGUUCUGACGUGGGAUUCUGCCAGACAUUCCCAGCAGACCCUCACAAUACUUUUGGGCCUGCCAGGUCGGACUGGUAUCUUCUCCACCAUCGGAGCCAACACACCACCAGGUAGUGAUCAGUUGUCAGCUCUGCCUCUCUCUUCAACCGAGUGUCCAAGACAUGCGGCUGCAAGUCCGAUGACACGUCCACAAAGUCGAUCAUCGAACUGCGGCCUAGGGUGUCCCGGUGCCAAAUGCACAUAUGGACACCCUUAUGCUUGAACAUGGUGUUCAUUAUUGAUAAUCUGUGAUGAGCACAGAAGUCCGCUCGGGUUCUGAUUGGGAGGCCGUUCCUCCCAGGUCUCACUGUCAUUGCGCAUGUGAGUAAUGAAGUCCCCCAGCCGAACGAUGGAGUCCCCAGCGGGAGCGCUCUCCAGCACCCCCUCCAAGGACUCCAAAAAGGGUGGGUACUCUAAACUGCUGUUUGGUGGCACAAACAACAGUCAGGACCUGUCCCCCCACCCGAAGACGGACGGAGCCUACCCUCUCCUCCACCGGGGUGAAGCCGAAUGUACUGGCACCGAGCCGGGAGGGAAUAAUUAUGCCCACACCUGCUUGGUGCCUCUCACCGUGGGCAACUCCAGAGUGGAAGAGAGUCCAACCCCUCUAAAGAAGACUGGUACCAGAGCACAAGCCAUGUGUGGAGGCGAGCCCGACUAUAUCUUGUCAGAACUUCUCGACCUCACAAACCAGCUCAGCCUCUUUCCAUGCCAGAGAGAUGACGUUCCACGUCCUGAGAGCCAGCUUCUGUAGCGGGGGAUUGGAUAGCCAAGGUCCCUGCCAUCGGCCACCGUCUAGCUCACAUUGCACCCGACCCCUAUGGUCCCUCCCACAGGUGGUGAGCCCAUGGGAAGGGGGACCCACGUUACCCUUUGGGGCUGUGCCCGGCCAGGCCCCAUGGGUGCAGCACCGGCCACCAGGUGCUCGCCUUCGAGCCCCACCUCCAGGCCUGGCUCCAGAGAGGUUGGCCUUUUUGACCCCCAUCCGGGCAAGGAAAACUGAUGUUCAUUUAUAUUAAUCAUCAUAAAGGGUUCAUUUGAGCCGUGGUUUGUCUGGUCCCUCGCCUAGGACCUGUUUGACAUGGGUGACCCUGCCAGAGGCAUAAAGUCCCAGACAACUUAGCUCGUAGGAUCGUUGGGACACACAAACCGCUCUACCACGAUAAGGUGAUGGCUCAAGGAGGAUCUUACGGGAUAAGUGUCUCAAAAAAAGCCAAGUGUAUCAUUUGAUGCUAUCUUAACUGAGGCCUUGUGAUGUAUACUGUGGCCAGUGUGGCUUUUACAUUUUGUGGUACUAUAGUCUACAAAAUUGUGAUCGGUUUAGAAACUGUGUGACUCUUCACCUUUGGAGGUACCAGCGUGUGAACUCACAUAAAACAUGUACCCGGCCUCUGACCCAAAGUCAGGUGGGAUCGGCGCUAGUUCACCUGCGACCAAGCAAAUGAAAAUGGAUGGAUGUGUUUAUUUAGAUGAACACUGCACUUUUAUUCCUAUACUUCUCAGAUGUUUCAGGUAAUUAAACUGUUAUUGGUGUGAGUGAGAGAGAGAGAGAUGAUGAUCACAUGCUACAUCAUGACUUAAUGCUGCCUCUUAUUGUGUAACUCUCCCAUAAGCUGCUUCAUUUUAGCCAGUUUGGCUACCUGUUUGAUUGUUAUUAAACAGAACAAAUGCAAUAACAACA